AAGGAUAAGAUCCUGAUGCCAAAUUCAAUGCUAGUCUACGACAUCCAGUACGUGCCUAAAGACGACUCCUUUCGGACCUCGAAAAAAGCUUGCAAGCAGUUGUCCAGGUCGGUGCAGGGAAUUUUUGGUCCAUCGGAUCCCCUCUUGGGAGCUCACAUUCAAAGCAUCUGCGAGGCUCUGGACGUUCCUCAUCUGGAAGCCAGGGUCGACUUCGAGCCAACCUUCAAGGAGUUCAGCAUCAACCUCUACCCCUCGCAAGACCAUCUCAACAAGGCUUUCAAGGAUCUCAUGUCUUUCCUGAACUGGACCAAGGUGGCCAUAAUCUAUGAAGAGGAUUACGGACUCUUCAAGCUCCAGGACCUGGUAAAGUCGCCACCGUCGGUCAGGACGGAAAUGUACAUUCGUCAGGCUGGUCCUGGAUCCUACAGGCAGGUCCUUAGAGAGGUUCGCCACAAGGAGAUCUACAAACUGAUCGUGGACACCGACCCCGCGCACAUGCAACUCUUCUUCAGAGCGAUCUUGCAGCUGCAGAUGAACGACUACAGAUACCAUUACAUGUUCACCACUUUUGAUAUCGAGACGUUCGAUCUCGAGGACUUCAAGUACAACAGCGUGAACAUGACAGCCUUCCGAUUGGUGGACCUCGAAGAGCCAAAUGUUGCCGAAGUCCUGCGGCAAAUGGAACGCUUCCAGCCGAUUGGCCACGCCAUUCUCAAUAAAACCGGAGUUAUACAGGCAGAACCAGCUCUGGUGUACGACAGCGUCCAGGUUUUCGCCCAUGGACUCGCGGCCCUCGACAGGAGUCACGUCCUGCGCCCUGCAAAUUUAUCCUGCGAGAAGGAGGAGCCCUGGGACGACGGCCUCUCUCUCUACAACUACAUCAACGCGGCAGGCUUACACGGACUAACCGGCCACAUCGAGUUCAACGAGGGCAAGAGGAACAACUUCAAAUUGGACCUCUUGAAGCUGAAGAAGGAGGAGCUGGUCAAGGUCGGCGAGUGGAAACCCGGAAGUGGAGUAAACGUUACCGACGUGGGGGCUUUCUACGAGACCACGGCCACCAAUAUCACCCUCGUCGUAAUGACGAGAGAGGAAAAACCGUACGUCAUGGUGAAGGAGGACAAAAAUCUGACUGGUAAUGCCAGAUUCGAGGGCUUCUGCAUCGAUCUUUUGAAGUGGAUCGCCAGUCAAGUCGGCUUCCAAUACGCGAUUCGAUUGGUCCCCGAUCACAUGUACGGGGUCUACGAUCCCGAAACCAAGGAGUGGAAUGGAAUAGUACGGGAACUCAUGGAAAAGAGAGCCGAUCUGGCGGUCGCCUCCAUGACGAUCAACUACGCCAGAGAAAGCGUAAUCGACUUCACAAAGCCCUUCAUGAACCUCGGCAUAGGGAUCCUCUUUAAGGUACCCACCAGCCAACCGACGCGGCUCUUCUCGUUCAUGAACCCGCUGGCGGUAGAAAUCUGGCUGUACGUGUUGGCGGCCUACAUACUGGUGAGCUUCACCCUCUUCGUCAUGGCGAGAUUCAGCCCCUACGAGUGGAACAAUCCUCACCCCUGUCUGGCAGAAAGCGACGUCGUGGAGAACCAGUUCAGCGUCAGCAACAGCUUCUGGUUCAUAACUGGUACCUUCCUCAGGCAAGGCAGUGGCCUAAAUCCCAAGGCCACCAGCACGAGAAUUGUCGGCGGAAUUUGGUGGUUCUUCACGUUGAUCAUCAUCUCCUCGUACACUGCCAACCUGGCGGCUUUCCUGACGGUGGAGAGGAUGAUAACGCCGAUCGAAAACGCGGCCGAUCUCGCCGAGCAAACCGAGAUCUCUUAUGGCACCCUUGAAGGAGGAAGCACGAUGACGUUCUUCCGGGACUCGAAAAUCGGGAUUUACCAGAAAAUGUGGAGAUUUAUGGAGUCGAAGAGGCCUUCCGUCUUUGUCUCCACGUAUGAAGAGGGUGUCAAAAGAGUGCUCGAAGGCGACUACGCUUUUUUAAUGGAAUCCACGAUGCUCGAUUACGCGGUACAGAGGGAUUGCAAUCUCACGCAAAUCGGAGGCUUACUGGAUAGCAAAGGAUAUGGAAUCGCUACUCCGAAAGGAUCGCCUUGGAGGGACAAAAUAUCCCUCGCCAUCUUGGAGCUGCAAGAGAAAGGGGUAAUACAAAUUCUUUACGACAAGUGGUGGAAGAACACCGGGGAUGUGUGCAACAGGGACGAGAAGAGCAAGGAGAGCAAAGCCAACGCUCUUGGAGUCGAGAAUAUUGGGGGAGUCUUCGUGGUACUCCUCUGCGGCCUCGCUCUGGCCAUCCUUGUGGCCAUUCUGGAGUUCUGCUGGAACUCGAAGAAGAACGCCCAAUCGGACAGAUCCCUGUGCGCCGAGAUGGCCUCGGAGCUGCGCUUCGCGGUGCAAUGCGGCUCGCGGCAGAGACCAGCCGUAAAGUCGCGCUCACCUGCAGCUGUACCUUGCGCCAGAUGCAGUCCGCAUUCCUCUACCAGGCGGAAUCGCUACUGCAGCCACGAAGAGACCACCUACAUACCGAGCAUCGAGAUACCUCGAUUAAAUGCAGGAGGGUGGUGCGUUGCCGAUGACGGAGAUGAAGAAGUCAUUGAGCUUCGAUCAAGUGGCAGCUGCCCGUGGAGGGAACACCUAGCACAGGCCUCCUCCUCUUCGUCUUCAACCACCGCCCUGCAAAACCCCCACGCACACGCGUCACACACACUGCCACUCACACAGUCACAGUCACAGCCACAGUCGCACGCACAAACAUCAACCUCCUCCGAGGCAAAGGCGGGGCUCUUCAGGCAUCGCCUUGGCUCAAGGUAA